UGUAGGGAUUUUCGAGAGAAAAACGAACGGAAACAAAAGAAGAAAAAGACCGCCAACUGGGCUUUCCCCCAUCUCCCCAAUUCCCCAUCUCCACAGCCGCCGCCGCCGCCCACCGUCACACAUCGAGAAAGGCGAUGGCCGGCGAACGCCGCCCCCGUCACAUGAUGAUCGGUGAUCUCGACCACCUCGACGAAACUCCAGACGGCGUCGAGCGAAACAUCUCUGUGGUGCUGGCUUGCAUCCACGACUACUACAAGAAGGCGCUCGACCGGCUGCCGGCCCAGCUGAUCCCGAGCCUCCUCGACGCCGGCUUCUGCUUCGGCUUCCUCGACCCCGUCGCCAACAUCAUCGCCAACACCGUCUUCCAAUUCCGAGAUGGGGAGAGCAAAAAGAGGAAGAGGAAGAGAUCACGGGCCUUCGCCACCACCAACAACAAGGGGAGAAUUGAAUCACUGCAACAGAGGAGACAGAGAGACGCGGCCUUCUCCAGUAUCAUCGCAGAGUCUAGCAGCAGCAAGCACAGCAUCCUCCGGCCCCCACUCUUGAACGGCAGCGCCGUCCCGAACGGGAACGGCAGCGUCGCGUCGCGAUCGCUCCGCGGCCUCGCGACCUUCCUCACCUCCUAUUGCCGCUACCUCACCGUCCGGGAUGCCCUGCGCUACCUGCGCCUGUCCAAGGCAGAUCUUCUCGUCGCUGUGCGUCUCGUCGAGUUGGAUCACGCCCUCACGCACUCCUUCACCAUCAACGACCCUACGGCCCAGGUAGCUCUCCGAUGCGCUGCCAUCUCUGCGGUUCAUCCCAUGGUGGCCACGUUUCUGUCCCGAUCCUUCUCGCUGGCUUCACAUCUGGACGAGGUCUCCAACAUUCUGCCGGAGAAGGGCCGUGUCAUAGGCCGUUCCACCAUAAAGAGACUCUUCGAGCUCUCCUCCAAUUGUAAGCCAGAGUUGGUAGACCCACUGAAACCAAUGCAGCAUGCUAUCUCGAGGAUGCAGCCCUACAGGAGGACGGAGCCUGUGCCUGCUGGACUAGAGGACUCUCUCAUGAGGGUACUCCUGGACAAAAUCCAUGUGCUAUAUCUCGAGGCAAUCUCCUGCAUGCCAAAGCAUGACAUCUGCUCGCGCCAUCACCGUGGCCUCCUCAAGGCCGGCCACUGCUACGGACCUUUUGAUCCUGUCACCAACAUAAUCCUCAACACUAUUUGGUAUGACACCGCGUUUCCUACAAAGCAAGAAUUCGAUGUUAAAUUGAUCUGCACAAAGAGCCUCGCGCGGAUUGAGUGUUUCUCUCUCGAUGGUCUUGUUGCAUUCACCUGUAGCGUCUUCCCUGAAUUUUCUGAAUAUAAAGCUAUGGAGUACCUGCUUGUCAACAAUGCCAGAAUUGAUAGAGUCACCAUGAAGGCAAUUCGCAAAGGUCACGCCCAUUCUUCCGAAUCUGAUACCUAUGAUACUGCAGCUCGUGCGGCAAAUCAUCCCUGCCCUACUGCACUAGUACAAUUUGCCACAACAGGAAUGCAACAAGUGGGAAAAACCCUGCGAAAAAAGCUCAAGUGUAAACCGAUGCUAUCCCCCAGUGAUGUUUGUACCAUCUCUGAAAUGUUGUCACAAAAUUUUCUGCCUGGCGAAUCUGCAAAGCUGCCACAGACCCACGUCUUGGAGAUAAUCUCAGCGAGGUGUGAGGAAUUUGAGGAUCGUCAGAGUGUAAUUUUUGGAAGGGUUGAAGCUGCAUUACACAUGUAUGCACAGCAAGAGAGACAGGAUUACGAGCUCCAAGUUAUCUGUGAUCUGAAUGAUGAUAUACCCGAUGAUGGUAGAUACGAUUACAUGCUGCACCACACCAGAUUUUCUCACAUCAACAUCUGGGCCAAGCGCAAAGGUUCACAGUAUGCUGAUGAAGUUCCCACACUCUUUUUCAUCGAGUGUAGCAAUACAAAUGAAGAGAAAGACAUGCAAGGCAUGAGAUUUUUGUGCCACCCUAUAUUAGAGCCAUCAAAAUAUGCUGGCCGCUGCUUUCAUUGCGAACAAGAAGGGUUCAGGAUCAUCCAUCCACCUUCAGAAAAAGGGUACCUGGGGCGUUGCACGGAGUUUGAGGAUAUGGCCAGUGGGAAAAAUCCAGUGAGCAACGAGCAUCUUGUUGACUACGGGAACUACCAGACAUUUUUUGCGGAUGGAUCGGAAACGAAUGAUUCCAUCUAUUUUGACCCUAUUUUGGGGAAUGAGGAUGCUAUUACGAGGGACCAAGAGUGGAAGGAGAAACGGGAUCCACGGAGGAAGGAUCUAUCUUGGCUAGAGGACCAGUUGCGCCAGGACCUAGCCUUGGCUCGCAAAAAGUAUAGGGUGUCGCUUGUUUAUUGAGUACUACCUCCGUUUCGUAAUUCUUGUCUUAAAUUUAUCCCAAAAUGAAUGUAUCUAUUCUUAAAAAAUGUCUAGAUACAUGUAAUACUUCGACAAGAAUUAUGGAACGGAGGGAGUACUUCUGAUUUGGUUGUAAUUUAUGCCUUUCAUUAUGUAUGAAGCCUGAAGAUUUUGGCAGGGAAAACCUCGGUAGGUUCCGUAAAUGGUACUCCAAUUCAGUAACAACUAUGACGAGUGUGUAGCUGUGUGUCUUGACUCUUGAGAUAUUUUAAGGUUAUAUGAUCCUAUCAUCCUUGGUUUUACA